AUACACGAGGUAGUCACAGAGUACAACUCUGCAUAUAAUAUUUACAAGAAUACUACAAAAAAAGUCUUUUUUACCAUGUCUAACAACAGUGAUCUCGAGAUUGCCAGUGAUGAGUCCGACUUCGAAGAAGAAGGACAACAAGAAGUUCAAAAUACCGAUGGUCCAAUAAAAAUCACUCAUAAAUUGCUGAGAAAAUGGGAAGAACAAAUCCAGACAGACAGAUCUACCCAAAUAAUCAAAACAGUUGUAGAAGUUUUUCAUGCAACUUUAGAAUCUGUUGAAACUGUCAAAGUACAUACAAAGAAAGAAAUCCUGGGAGGAGCGUCCACCGAUACAGACAAUAAUAAAGUAGCAAAGUACAAAGUCGAAGGAGCAGCAAUUUUCAAUGGAGUUAUUCAGUUGUGUAUGACACAAUUACCAGGGGCCUUUAACAGGUUCUUAAACCUGAAUGAUGAAAACAAAUAUAAGUGUCACAAGGCCAAAAGAUUUCCCAAAAUUAAAGGAACAUUAAAAUCUUACUUGUCCAAUUUAAUUAAGCUUCUUAAAAGUGUCACUUCAUCAAAUGUUAUUGGUGGGUUGCUGAAACAUCUUCAUGCAAUGAUACCGUUCACUUUGGCUUUUUCAUCCUUACAAAAACCUCUUAUGAAAGUUAUUCUUUCAUUCUGGUCAAGUAGCAAUUCUGAAACUGUUCGAGUGGUUGCCUUUAUGAACAUAUUGAAAAUUGCUGUCCAUCAAAAAUCGCCUGCAUUUUUCCAUACAUUAUUGAAGACUAUGUACAUUGAAUAUGUGAAAACUUCCAAAUUUGUUUCACCUAAUACAGUAUCUGCAAUUAAUUUCAUGAGGCGUUCAUUGGCUGAAAUUUAUUUGCUACACACUGAUAUUGCUUACCAUAAUGCAUUUAUGUAUAUUCGUCAACUGGCUAUACUGCUAAGAAAUGCACUGACCCUGAAAAAACAGGAACAUUUUCAAGCCAUUAACAAUUGGCAGUACAUUAAUUCUUUGUGGUUCUGGGCUCAUCUUAUUCCACAGGCAAAGAAGGAUACUCUACUUCGUGGACUUGAAUAUCCUUUAGUGCAAGUCAUCAUCGGAGUCGUCAAUGUCAUUCCAACUUCGCAGUAUUAUCCACUGCGAUUCCAUUGUGCCCGUAUGCUGACCACACUGUCUAAAAAUGCAAAUCUUUAUAUUCCAACUCUUCCCUUAUUAACUCAGGUUCUGGAGGAAUAUGACUUUAAUAAAAAACACAAAAUAGUGUCGAUGAAGCCUAUGUCCCUGACAACCAUACUCAGGGCUUCAAAAAGUCAGUUAUCUGAAAAUGGCUUCAAAGAUGCCCUCAUCGAAAACAUCUACGAACUCAUAUUGGAAAUAACGGCCAUAGAAAGCCAUCGAGCCUACUUCCCUGACUUUGUGCUUCAACUCAACAUCAAGCUCAGAGCUUUCCACAAAAAGUGUCGUGUUGCCAAUUACAGUCGGAAAAUAAAGCAGCUGCUCGAGAAGAUCGAAGAGAACAGCCGCUUCAUCAUGAGCGAGCGGGCGACCGUUACACUCAACUUGAAGAAUACGGCCGAGGUGGAGGCGUGGGAAAAGAAGAUGCUCGAGGUUGGUACGCCACUGAACAAGUUCUUCGAGUCGUGGAACAGAGUUCAAAAAGUUCAGAAGAGAAAGCGAAUAACUGAGAACGAGGAGAACGCGGCUGAGUUCAAAAUGCCGCAGCUGAAGAGAAAGAAAACAUUGGCCGAAGAAUAGGCAGAUUUUCUAUCGAAAGCUUUUUCGAAUGGAAAAGAAAAACAAAAAAAACUUAUUUAUGUAAAAAUGUAAAUAUUUAUGUCACAUUAAAACAAUUAUUUGGAUUUGAAUAUGCAUGUUCUUAAUUAGAACUCACGUUCGGGGCAGUAAGAAGAAUUAACUUAAUCGAAUUCCAAUGAAUCUUGUUAUUUUUACAUAACGAAUUAAUUAACACUUUAAAGUGAAUGUUCAUGUUUUUAAUUUUGCGACCGAAUUAUUUUGUUAAAAAUAAAA